AUGACAGAGAGUGAAGAGAAUUUUACCCUCACGAGCGUUAUCGUCGUGUGUCGUCAUGGUUUCGGGUCGAGAGUGAUACCACAUAUCGUGCAUCUCAUCCAAAUGUUCACUGAGAAUAUCUCUGAACAAGCGCUUGUCGACGUUCUGGAAGAGAGGAAGUCGCAUUUGUUCACCCGGGUACUAAACGCGGUGGAUGAGAGUUUGAACUUGGUUCACCAUGAGAAAUUGCGCCAGUAUCGAUACGCAAUGCAGCUAAUCCCUCGGGCAAUGACAUCGGAUGAAGGUGGAUUGGAUGCUAUGCAGCAGCUAUACGACCGAUACCCCGGUGCUCUGGAUUACGAAGCAGUUUCUUGUAUUAUCGAUGUUGCAGAGCUACCAAUGCUGAAGUGGCUAUGUAAAUGCAAACCUCUACUGUUCAAGCAGUCCCCAGACAGUGCAGAUAAUAUUUUCAGCAGCGCAUCACUAAAGGGUCGUGGCGAUGUAGUCCGCUGGGUUGUGAAGCUCUUCCCUGAUACCGUCCGGAAUCUGCGCUACGCGGCUCAAGGCGGUCAUCUUAAACUGCUCAAAUGGCUGGUGAAACACACGAAAUGGGACGAGAAAUCAUUAGGAAGAUCGUUGCAAAGUGCAAUCGAAGGAAAUCACCUCGAUACUGCCAUUUUUAUAUACAAUCUGAAGCCUGAAAAAAUCAUGGACAAACCAUAUCUAACAUUGGAAUCCAUCGAGCUCAUGCAGUGGGUUCACGAUACAAAGUGCUGGGAUUUCGCUGACUAUUUGGUAUUCUACGCUGCGAGGAAAGGGAAACUUGAAAUACUGCAGUGGCUUCAUGCGAAUUAUCCAGAAUUUUUCUCGAACAAUGUGAUGAAUACGGCGGUGGAACACGGAAAAUUGGAAAUUGUCAAAUUUCUCCAUACCAUUCCCCAAACAGUCUGCACUUCGAGCGACAUGGACUUAGCAGCGAAAAACGGUUAUUUAGAUAUUGUGCAAUGGCUACACGACCACAGUACAGAAGGAUGUACAAUUCACGCUAUGGACGAAGCUGCAAGACAUGGCCACUUGGACGUCCUACAAUGGCUACAGGCUAAUCGAAGCGAGGGAUGCACUCCACAAGCGAUGGAAAACGCAGACAGACAUGGACGGGUGUACUGCGUGAGAUGGUUGCAUGAAAACUUUGAAUUAGCGCUGCCAAAACACUUCGCAAACACACUAGCAUCCUCUGGUGUCCUAAAGCUUGUAUCAUGGUUACAUCUUAGCGGUAAAGGAAGUUGGUCGAAAGAUACAAUGGACACGGCAGCAGCCAAUGGACAUCUGGGCAUUGUAAGAUAUUUGCAUGAAAAACGACGUGAAGGCUGUACCAAAAAGGCCAUGGACACAGCAGCAGAGAACAAUCAUCUGGAAGUUGUCAAGUUUCUGCAUGGAAAUAGGAGGGAAGGGUGCACAAAGGCGGCGAUGAACGGGGCGUCGAGAAACGGGCACUUUGAAAUGGUGAAAUGGCUCCAAGAGAAUCGACGCGAAGGAUGCACGAGAGCCGCAAUGACUACUGCUGCUGCUGGGGGUCACCUCAAGAUUAUGAAGUUUUUAAAUGCGUCGUACAAAUUGGACUGGAGGAACAAGGCGAUCGAAAACGCCGUGUCGCACGGACACACUGAGGCUGUCAAAUGGCUUUAUUAUCAUUUGGAGCAGAAACUACUUAGUAGUUUUGCUAUUCGCGCCGCUCGAUGCGAUUAUAUUGGCAUACUGGAAUUUAUCAACACGGUGUCGGAUUUUUCGUCUAAUACGUCCGUCUACCAUGUUGGAUUGGGAAACAAGAACCCCGAGGUGGUGAAAUGGUACGUGGACCAUUAUGGCAACCCUCGCAAGCGCAAAUAUUAA